GAUUUUAGAAAACAUGAAGUCUGUUUUUGCUCUUGCCCCUUACUUUUUGCUUCUGUUGUUGGCGAUGCCUAUCAAUGGGAGAAAGGAUAUUGGGGAAUAUUGGAAACAAGUAAUUAAAGAUCAAUCUAUGCAACAACUUCAAGCUCGUCAUUUUCAGACAACAGGAAAAGAUCUUGCUAGAGAUAUUCAGUUCAAGCAAAGCCUGGAUGAUGUUACGAUUUACCAUGACAAAAAUCUCAAAGCAGAUGAUGCUACGAUUUACCACAACGGUUAUCUCAAAGCGGAUGAUGCUACAAUUUACCACAACGGUUAUCUCAAAGCGGAUGACGCUACGAUUUACCACAACAAUAAUCUCAAAGCGGAUGACGGUACGAUUUACCACAACGAUAAUCUCAAAGCGGAUGACGCUAUGAUUUACCACAACGAUAAUCUCAAAGCGGAUGACGCUACGAUUUACCACAACGAUAAAAGCGGAUGAUGCUACAAUUUACCAUAAAGAUAAUGUCGAAGAAGAUGAUGCUACUAUUUACCACAACGAUAAUCUCAAAGCAGAUGACGUUACGAUUUACCACAACGAUAAUCUCAAAGUGGAUGACGUUACUAUUUACCACAACGCUAAUUUCAAAGCGGAUGACGCAACGAUUUAUCACAACGAUAAUCUCAAAGUGGAUGAUGCUACUAUUAACCACAACGACAAUCUCAAAAAGGAUGACGCUACGAUUUACCACAAAUAUAAUAUCGAAGAAGAUGAUGCUACUAUUUAUCACAACGAUAAUCUCAAAGCAGACGACGUUACGAUUUACCACAACGAUAAUCUCAAAAAAGACGACGUUACGAUUUACCACAACAACUAUCUCAAAGCAAAUAAACUAUUGAAAUUCAAACAGCAGUCCGAUGUUUAAAUUUAUAUAUAAGCUCUAUUUGUCUUUUCAACUUUUAUGUUUUAUGCUCACCGUGAUCAUCUUAUAUAUUUAAAGUGAUUGCGCGUGUGGUUCAAUUAAAUUAAGCAAAAUUGUUAAGAUAAUUGUGAUGUGUG